AUGGAGUUGAAGCACAAGGUUCGGAACUCGUCUCUGGCCCAUGUAUUUCUUUCGUUCGGCAUAGGCAUGAUCAGUCAAGAGGCGAGACACAUGCUGGUAGAUCCCCAAUCUUCGCACAAUGCCUUCAACCAGAGCUCUACGCCAGCGGACGGCAUGACGAUGCUUCAUCUGGCGGCUCUUUGGACGGGACAUGAAGAGGACUUUGGUUUGAUACUCGACAAAUAUCGAAAUCUCAUCAAUGGACAAACCCGGAACAAGAAAAAAACUGCCUUGCAUUUCGCGGUUGAACGCGGAGACCCUAGGAUGGUCAAGCGCCUUCUCAUGGAGGAAGAACUGGAUCCGAAUUUGCAAGACACGGUUCACCAAGCACCGUUGAAUAAGGCCAUCCUCGGGGAAGAAACGGAGGUCGUUCGACUGCUUCUCAAUGACAGGCGGGUUGAUCCAAUGACACAGAAUAGCCAAGGGAACACACCAUUACAUCGAGCUGCCAACGCAGGACGCCAAAAUCUUGUGAGGCUCCUUCUCGAUGACAAGCGGGUUGACCCCAACGUACGCAACGCCGGUUUGGAGACCCCAUUACAUCGAGCCAUUCGCGCGGGACACGCAGAGUGCGUGUCGUUAAUUCUUGCACACCGGCUGGUUGAUCGCGAGGAACAGUGGAGAUUUGGAUUGACUCCAUACGACCUAGCUCUCAACAGUAACAACCCGGAUAUCAUUUACCUCCUUGCAAGGGGACCUGAGGAGAGGUCUGAGCGUACAAAGUUGCUGUGGGAAGUGGAUGAUGAUGACCCUGAAUACCAGUUUCGGCGGGAUGAAUUUUAG